AUGGCCACUUUCUUGGGAAGCUCCCCGGCCUUCCUCGCCCGCCCCGCCGCCAAGCCGCACGUCUCGUGCGCGCCGCCCUCGCGCCCGCCCAGCGCCCAGCCGCCGUCCGACCAGCCCCCACCGCCACCACAGCAGCAGCAGCAGCAAGAGCCCAUGCAGGCGCAGGCGGCACCGGCGAGGGCGCCGGCGCCCAAGCGCGCGGCGACGACGUCGGCCGACUCGACGGACUGGGUCGCGUCGUCGCUGACCCGGCGGUUCGGCAUCGGCGCCGGGCUGGCGUGGGUCGGCUUCCUGGCCUUCGGCGUCGUGUCGGAGCAGCUCAAGACCCGCCUCGAGGUCGCGCAGCAGCAGGCCAACACCAAGGAUGUGGAGGAGGAGCAGGAGGUCGUCCUGCCCAACGGAAUCCGGUACACCGAGAUGCGGGUGGGCGGCGGCGACGUGCCGCGGCCGGGCGACCUGGUGGUGAUCGACCUGCAGGGGCGGGUGGCCGGCGGCGGCGGCGAGGCGUUCGUGGACACGUUCGGCGACGGGAAGCGGCCGCUGGCGCUCGUCAUGGGCUCCAGGCCCUACACCAGGGGGAUGUGCGAGGGCAUCGAGUACGCGCUGCGGUCCAUGCGGAACGGCGGCAAGCGGCGCGUGGUCGUCCCGGCGAGCCUGGGCUUCGGCGAGGACGGCGCCGAUUUCGGGGACGAUGGCGCGCAGGUGCCCCCCGGGGCGACGCUCGAGUACGUCGUGCAGGUCGACAAGGUGUCCAUCGCGCCGGCGUGA